AUGGUAAUCGUCAAGUUACAGCCGACAACCGCCGGAGGACGACCCUCCAGCUCGGCACCACCGGUCAUCGGACCCCAUCCGACAUACGCGGAGGAGAAAGCCACGCUUAUCAGGGUGGCCAUACUCCCGGAGGGUUUCCCGGCGGCCAGCCUGACCGCAGAGGAACUAUCCGGGCUUCAGGAAUCGGUCAUGGACGAGAUGCUCACGUCAGCGUGGAGCGGUCCUGUCGUUUUCAGGGGAAUUCACUUCAGGGUGGGUAACCUAACUAUCGACUACCUGGAUAAAGGCUCAGCUGAGUGGCUUAAGACUGUCGUACCUCAGGGAGUACCCCUAGAAACCCGCACGGGAGCAGACAUCCCGGCAGCUUACAACGCCACGUUGUUCUGCCCGAGGAGCUCAGACCGGAGCAAUGAGGAGAUACUAGCCUUCAUUGGUUUCCAAAACCGUGUCGAGACGGACGCCUGGAAAGUCAUCCACAGGAAGAACGACGGAGCUGGUGCACUCCUGGUCGUAGGGAUGAGAUAGUGGAGCGUCUGAAAAAGACUAAGAAAGCUCCGGAAGAGACGCCCAGUGACGACAUCUGCGAGGCUGACGAGGAUACCCUCGAACCACUGAAUGUGGAGCCGACGUCGCAGAGUGGGGAGAAAGACGGACAAUC